AUGACGCCCUGGCUGGCGCGCCUGUUUGCCUCGGCAGCAUGGGCAGCCUCACGCGGCUGGGAGGCGGCCCGUGCCACGGCCAGCCUGCCUCCGACCUGCCGACAGGCAAUGGCCCAUGCGGCCCUGCUUUGCUCUGGCGUGGAGCCUGUCUACUUCUCCGCUGGUUUCGGACCCUUGUCGCUCGCGUGGGGCUGGCUCCUGUUGGGCCUUGCGUUGGGCGCGCUCUUGCGACCCGUGCUGCUCGCGUGCGUGCUCUUCGCCGCCCGGCAUGCAGGCGCGGCGCCGGGCCCACUUGUUCGGCCCGUGCGCUCACCCCAGGACUCGGCCCACGCCCGCGCCGACGCGGCUGUGGAGGUGCUGCGCUGCGUUGCCCUGGGUGGCCGCGACGAGCUUCACGCCCUGGCCGCGAGCGCUGGUCUGUCCCCGGCCGCUCUUGCGGAGGCUUUAGCCACUCCUGCACCCGCCGCCCCGGCGACCCCAACGUCGACUCAACCACGUCGUCGCCGCAACCGCGCGGACACCGCAGCCCGCUAG